ACGUCUGCGCGAGCGCCAGAGACUCAAGGUUGUGAAGACUGGCAAGGAAAUUCUCAGACUAGAAAACUACUUGCAAUCAUUGCAACACACCAUCUCUGCAUCUCUAAACAACAACACGAUGAUGUCGACUGCUGCUAGUCUUACUGCUGCUGCUGCCGGUUUUCACAGCCUUACUGCCCAGGGAUUAAUGUUGCUAAAGGCAGUUAAGUAUAGCCAGAGCAAUUGUAAUUUGGAGAUUGAUACGCAGGCGUACCAGAUAAUCAUGUUGCUGGAGGGCGCUACGCAUUGGCUUGGUGUCUGCGCUGGGCGCAUUAAUGUGCUGAAGAAGUUGCUGUCCGAUCAAGUUGCCAGUUUAGAGUUCAAUAUGGGCCAAAGGUCGUCGUUGUUAUCGCCAUCAUCGGGUUUUAUGAAAGUGAUAUCAGCACCAUUGGACGCAAGAGGCAGCACCAGCAGCACUGACAGUGUCAGCGAUAGGAUGGGUGGCAUUACUAGGGUUGAGUCGGUAUCUGAGUUAUAUUGGAACGCUAAUCUUACUACCUCCACAGUCCGGUCUCGGUCUGGCUCCAAAGCCAACAGCCAGACCACGUCUCGCAUUCCCAUUUCAUUCUUGCUUGAUGACAACUGAACCUGCUAUAAUUUUUAUAGGAAUAUUUGAUAUGUGCGAAAUAGUUAAAAAAAAUGUGUAGUAUUAUUA